AACUUUAACCCGUUUUUUUUUGUCAGCCUUGUCCAAAACCGUUUCUUGUGAAAACAGCUAACUUCCCGGACACGACGCCACGCGUAUAUCUGUCACUUUCCCUUAAUUUCCCCCUUGUCCCAAUUCACAUAGUUGUUAUUAGCAACUAUGACUGAUAAAAUUAAGGAAGAGUCUCCGCGCAACGAGCGCAAGCGCAUGAGCAGUCCGGAUGUCCAGGCCCCGACCAAACGCAUGAAGAGAGAGGAUACCGAUGAUGCAAAGCCAGCAAAGUACAACCCAUACCUUGCGCACUGGAAUAACGGCAAUGGAGAUGCAGACGGCGACAACAUCAAUGAAGAUAGGAUACCAAAAGGUUCCCCGUUAGCGCACUUCAAACGACGAAAGACGACAGCGAAACAGGCAUUUGAAGCUGAGAAAUCCGACAACAAUCCUUUCACCGGAGAGCCCCAUUCUCAGCAAUACUUCAAUAUCCUGAAGUCGCGAAGCAACCUUCCCGUUUGUCAGCAGAGACAGGAAUUCCUUGAUCUGUACCAUCAGUCACAAAUCCUCGUCUUCGUUGGUGAGACUGGUUCGGGAAAAACUACACAAAUACCCCAGUAUGUAGUAUACGACGAACUCCCCCACCUCAACCGAAAGUUGGUCGCCUGUACACAACCACGACGAGUCGCCGCGAUGUCCGUCGCACAGCGUGUUGCUGAUGAGCUCGACGUUACUCUGGGAGAAGAAGUUGGUUACAGCAUCCGUUUCGAGGACAAGACUAGCUCGAAGACUAUGUUGAAGUAUAUGACUGAUGGUAUGCUACUGAGAGAGGCCAUGCACGAUCAUGAUAUGUCCCGAUACAGUUGCAUCAUUUUGGACGAAGCACACGAACGUACUCUCGCGACCGAUAUUCUCAUGGCCCUCCUUAAACAAGUGACUAGACGCAGACCAGAUCUCAAGGUCAUCGUCAUGUCAGCUACCUUGGAUGCCCAGAAAUUUCAACGUUACUUCUACGACGCCCCUCUACUCGCCGUACCGGGCCGAACCUUCCCCGUUGAGAUCUUUUACACUCCUGAGCCAGAGAAGGACUAUGUUGAGGGCGCAAUACGCACUGUGCUUCAGAUCCAUGCUGGCGAGGACGAAGGAGACAUCCUCCUCUUCCUCACGGGAGAAGAGGAGAUUGAGGAUACGUGCAGAAAGAUUUCUUUUGAGGUUGAUGAGCUUGUGCGGGAAACGGAUUGUGGUCCAAUGGCCGUAUACCCGCUUUACGGCACUCUUCCUCCUCACCAGCAGCAGAAGAUCUUCGAUAAGGCACCUCCCCCUCUCAGAAAAGGUGGUAAGCCAGGCCGAAAGUGUAUCGUGUCGACCAAUAUUGCCGAGACUAGUUUGACAAUCGACGGUAUUGUUUAUGUGGUUGACCCCGGCUUCAGCAAGCAAAAGAUCUACAACCCUCGACUGAGAGUAGAAUCAUUGCUGGUUUCCGCCAUCUCAAAGGCUUCUGCUCAGCAGCGAGCUGGUCGUGCUGGUCGAACGAAGCCUGGAAAAUGCUUCCGACUAUACACGGAGAAGGCGUUCAAAGAAGAGUUGAUCGAGCAAACUUAUCCUGAAAUUCUCCGUUCCAACCUCGCCAAUACCGUGUUAGAGUUAAAGAAGCACGGUGUCGAGGAUCUUGUGCACUUCGAUUUGAUGGACCCCCCUGCUCCCGAAACCAUGAUGCGCGCCCUUGAAGAAUUGAACUACCUCGCAUGUCUCGAUGACGAGGGUCAGCUAACGUCUCUCGGUGGUUAUGCAUCCGAAUACCCCCUAGAUCCUUCUCUCGCAGUCAUGUUGAUCUCAAGUCCCGAGUUCUAUUGCUCAAAUGAAAUUCUCUCGAUCACGGCGCUUCUCUCAGUUCCCCAGAUUUUCGUACGGCCGGCCAAUAAGAGGCGAGAGGCUGACGAGAUGAAGAAGCUAUUCAAGCACGAUGAUGGGGACCACCUGACAAUGUUGAAUGUAUACCACGCAUUCAAAGGAAUACUCAACAGCGGAGAGGAUGCAAGAGCAUGGUGUCACAAGCACUACUUAUCAUUCCGCCACCUUUCAAGCGCAGAUAACGUUCGCGCUCAACUUAAGCGGAUCAUGGAGACGCAAGACUUGGAUCUCAUCAGCACGAAUUUCAAUGACAAGAAUUACUACCCCAAUAUUCGCCGAGCUCUAGUUACCGGCUUCUUCAUGCAGGUUGCCAAGAGGGAGAAGGAGAAGGUGUACCGCACACUCAAGGACAACGCCCAAGCAGUUAUGCUACAUCCGAGCACAGUGCUGCAGACGGAUUACGAAUGGGUUCUUUAUAACGAGUUCGUUAUGACCUCUAAGCACUACAUUCGAACGGUGACGGGGAUCAAACCGGAGUGGCUCUUGGAACUUGCGCCCAUAUACUACGAUAUCGAGUCUUGGGAUGGCCAGAAGGACGUCAAACUGGCGUUAAAGGCGGUGGCUGAUAAGGCAAGACGCCGCGCUGCUAUGAAGGGUGGCCGCUGAAAGGGACUAUGAAUAUUGAUAUGUAUUAGAAUAUGGUGUGGCGCGGGGUGUGUCGGAUCGAUCCACGCCUACGAUCGACUAUCUCCCGGAACUUCGUAUGCGUUCCUAAUGAAAGAAAGUUAAGACGAACGAUCCGAAUACCGACAUGUACAUGCUACUAAUAUGACUAUGCCUCGUUUUGGAAGCACUGGAGUUAUUCUACAGACCGAAAUGGAACUACGUUUACGCUAAGCACGAUUUGUGGUGUUGUAAGAGGUCUAUGAUACCUUCUCUAGCAAGGAAAUAAGACGAUAGCAACGGCUAAGCAAGGCAUUUAAGAUGAAGCAAUGAUAGAAAGAGCAUAGAUGGCAGCUCGUGCUGCGGAUUAAUCCCAGAUUCAAGACGUUUUGGACGGAUACUAGGUACUUAUCUAUCUAGUUAUUCCAGUUAGCCA